AUGGGUAGCGUUCAGAGCCAGGGCGCAAACACGUCCGCCGCUAGUUCAUCGUCCUCGGCUAUGAACCCCUCGUUGGAGAACCACUCUCGCGCAACGCGACGCGAUAGGCGACCAAAACGACCAGGGCGCACACAUACCCGCCGUGGGCCCGCUGUUCUCCACCAUCGAUCCGAGGUUGCUCGCCAUUGA